GCGAAGGAAAGAAUUUUCAGAUUUCUGCUCUUCCUUUGACAUUCAAUACGUAUACAUACGUCACGUCACGCUAAACCUGUUAGACUUAUUCAGCGUUACGACUUUAUCUUCCAACUCGACUGCGUUGCGGAGCUGAUUAUGAGUGCAUUCUCUUUGCUUUUUUCAUUGGCCUCCUGCAGCCUGCUGCCGCUGCCGUGAAUACGUGACGGUUUUAGUUAAAAACAAUUCUUGCUAAAAAUUUGACUGGGACACGAACUCUCGGACUCCACUUGAAAGAAUUUUUAUUCUUUCUCAUCGAGGACAACCAUGGGUGGCAGAGGAAGAGGAAGAGGCCGUGGGCGAGGCCAGCAACAGAAAAAGGAUGACGAAUUUCCAGCAGUGGGUCGGCUGCAGAUCGACAUCGACAAGUCGAGUCCCGUGCAGGCGGGGCGAGGCCAGGUCGGCGGGAACAUGUCCAAGGGCUCGCCGGCGUCCAGCAGCUCGUGCUCGUCGUCCGCGGCGACCACGCCCAGAGACAGCCAGUCUUCUACGCCGGCCGGACAGUCGUCCAGCACCGCCAGCAGUCAGGCGUCUACGCCCAGUAGCACCACCAGUGCCUUAGCCAAAUUCAAAUAUCCUGCUCGAACUGGACUAGGGACCCGCGGCACUCCAAUGAAUGUGGUGACAAACCACUUUGAGAUCAUGGUUAGGAAUAAGCAAAUGGACAUCACAGAGUACGACGUGGACAUUAAAUUGAUCAGUGAGAAGGAUAACACGCUGAAGGACUGUCCCAAGAAAUACUUAAAGCGCGGCAUGUACGCGUUUGGUGAGAGAAUGUGGCCCGAUCGGCACCCUGCAUUUGACGGCAGCAAAUUACUCUUCAGCUGCGGACAAAAACUGAUUAAUGGGCCGUUGACCGCGGAGGUGGCCGUGAGAAAUGAAGAUCGUUUCGACCAGUUUGGCCAAGCAGAAACCGCCAAACUGCGGAUCACGGUGAAAGAGGUGAACAAAGUGAGCCUGUCUGAAAUUGGCGAUUUCAUGCGCAACAAGAACACAGUCCAAUUUCCCCAACUGGCCAUCCAGGCCAUCGACGUCGUCUUGCGCAACUCUGGCAUGACCGGAUUCUUGCAAGUGGGCCGCAGCUUUUUCUUCCCUCCUAAAAAUCCAAAGAGCCUUGGAGGUGGCAUGGACCUUUGGUACGGCGUCUUCCAAAGCGCCACCCUUGGCACUGGAAGGGUCUUCCUCAAUGUGGACGUGGCCCACAAGGGUUUUCCGCGUGCUCAAUGGGUGCGAGACCUGGUUGCCGACCUGGGGACUCCCCCACCAAAAUUCAACCAGCCUCCGCCACCGCGUUUCAACCCUGAGACUGAGUACCAGUACGGCACCAAACGUUUCCUUGAUGAGCAGCUUUGUAACUUUCUCAAAGGUCUCAAGGUUGAGUACGAGGUUCCAAACAUUGCCAACUCCAAAAGGGUUUACAGAGUGAAUAACGUUGUUGCUGGACCUCUUGAACACAGAUUCACUCACGAGGACGAAAAAGGACAGAAGAAAGUGAUGACCGUGGCAGAGUACUUUGCCAAAGAGAGACGAUACAGAAUCCGUUUUCCCAACUGGCCCUGUCUGCACGUGGGAAGCAAGGACAGGAAUAUCUUGGUGCCCAUGGAACUUUGUCGAGUAGCUCCAAAUCAGGCGACAGUCAAAAAGCUGAAUGAGGAACAGACCAGGGUCAUGGUCAGAGAAGCAGCCACCAAGCCGAACGUCCGCAAAGCCAAGAUCUUAGACGCCUUCAAGAGCCUGAGAUUGAAUGAGGACAAAUGUCUCGAGGAAUUCGGUAUCAAUGUUCAGGCGGCGAUGACUCAGGUGACAGGCAGAGUGCUGCCUCCACCCGCCCUCAAGUACAGGUCGGAGCAGCAGAUCAGGGUCAGGAACGGCGAAUGGAACAUGGACAGGGAGAAGUUCCAGGUGGCCGCCAGAGCUGUGCAGAACUGGGCCAUCGUUGAUCUCUGUGGAGCUGACAGAGACAUUCAGAAAUUGACAAGUCAGUUGGCUAUGACUGGAGCCAGCCUCGGCAUGACUUUUGACGAAAGACCAAAAAUCAUUAGGAGCGAGCGGAGGCUGAACUCCAUUCGCGACUUGACCCAAUUCCUGGAAAACAAAGCUAGGGAAGGCCCCUUUGACCUGGCUGUCGUCCUCAUUCCAGACUAUGUCUCUGGACAAAGUCCAUACCCCGUGGUGAAGCAAGUACUGGAGCUGAAGUGGAAAAUGCUGACCCAGUGCAUUCGACAGAGGACGUUGAGGAAGCUCGACAAGUCGACUGUCACCAACAUCCUUCUUAAAAUCAAUUCCAAGUUAGAUGGCAAGAACCACAGCCUGCACAAGGACAGCAGGCCGCCCUGCUUCAAUCAGAUCGUGAUGAUCAUGGGAGCAGACGUCACGCACCCGCCACCAGACUCCAAGACUUGCCCCUCAGUCGCAGCCGUGACUGCUAGCCACGACAAGGAAGACGUGUUCAAGUUCAACAUGCAGUGGCGGCUGCAGCCGCCCAGAGUGGAGGAAAUCCUGGACAUGGAGAACAUUACGUUGGCGCACCUCAAGUACUUUGCGUCCAAGAAUGGCGGAAAAUUCCCAAACCGCAUCAUCUUCUUCAGGGAUGGCGUCAGCGAUGGACAGUUCGCCAUGGUGCUUCGCUGCGAACUGUCAGCCAUUCGCAAGGCGUGCAGAACCAUCGGGCAGACGUAUCAACCGCAAAUCACGUUUUUGGUGGUGCAGAAGCGACACCACACCCGGUUCUUUCCAGACCAAAGAGAUAAAUUGGCUGAUAGGAACGGAAACGUGCCUGCUGGCUUCGUGGUGGACAACACCAUCACGCACCCGAGGGACAUGGACUUUUACCUAGUCAGCCACCAGAGCAUCCAGGGCACGUCUCGGCCGACCAAGUACAAGGUGUUGUACGACGACGCCAACAUGACUGCGGACGAGGUGGAGCAGCUCACCUUCUACCUGUGCCAUCUGUACACCAGGUGCAACCGCAGCGUCUCCUACCCUGCGCCAACUUACUACGCACACCUUGCCGCCUUCCGCGCCAAGCACUACUAUAACGAGGGGCGUUCCACUGUUGACAUCAAUAACGAAGCGGCUCUGAAUCGGGAGAGCGUCAAGCUGAAUGAGACAAUGCAGCAGUUCAUCCAGAAACACCCCAUGUUCUUCGUUUAGAAGCUAAGUUUCUUGAUCCCGCUUCUUUUACUAUCUUAACGAAAUUGUGUGAAUUUAAGUCAGAUUUUUCCGUUCUUUAUUUUAAUCUGCUACAAAAGUUCUGAAUUGUUAACAUAGAAUGUGUGGUGUAGAUUUAAAUUUAAAAAUUUAUGACUGGCUCUUGAGGGUAAUAAUUGUCAUUCCUUAAAAUGCUGGUCAAACAAGAAGCAAUGUCACUUUUUGCUUGAAAGAUACAUAUUAAUAUUGAUAACUUAAUUAUUCAGACAAUAAUUAUGAUUUUAUCUCUGUAAUGCAAGCCUCUGUGUAAUAAAGUGAGAUAGUUUUCGGUUUAUAAAUU